UUCCGCAAGCAAGUGGACGCUAUCACGCUUGCGACAUUACGGGGCAUUUCUUUUUGUAUCCGCUAUGCGUAUUUUAUUAGUUGAGGGUGAACGACAAAUUAGGCCAACUCAAAUUUUAAGUCAACGAAAAAGAAGAGGAGUUAAAUCAUGAAUAAGUUGUGCUUCGUUUAUUAUGAAUUUCUUUACAAAAUAUAUUUAUUUUAUUUUAUUUUAUAUAUGUGCUUCAAAAUACCGUUACACUAUGUGAUUAUAGUGUUCAAGUGUUGUAUUAAUUUUUUUGUUCCACUGUUAUUUUACAUAUAUGUAACAUAACAAUAAAACAUUAGCAUUUCACGUAAGCAUUACCUGGUGAAUGUUUCAUAAUAUUUUCAAUAGUUGAUUAAAUUCAUCUUUAAUGGUACACUGUUAUUUAUAUUUUGGAACAGGCUAAAACAGCAAACUUUUUUACUUCUUAUGACAUCUGCUCGUAUUUUAUUUUUAACAAAACAUAUAGUAGAGUGGGGUCAGGUGGUUCAUGUAUUCAUUCUCUUAUCUUUUACCAUUUAAUAGCAAACAAAGAUUAUUUUAUUGAAUUGUAAAACAAAUUGUUAAAAAUGCAAGUUAAAAAUGCCAUUAAAUAUGGGAUAUUAGGUGCUAACAGCAUCCGUCUUACCUCGCAGUACUAUACAUGCCUAAUUGAUUUACAUAUUACAUUUAUCGAUACAAAGUUUAAAACUUUAUCUUCUUCUACAGCGCUGGAACCUUUUUUGCUUUUUUACCAAUUUUUCUUUCAUUCAACUAUUUUCCAGAUUGCCACGGAUAGUAAGCCUGCACCAGGCUCCAAAAUGCACGCCUGGGACCAAUUUUGUUUGCUGUUCUGGAAAAACUUUGUGUUACAAAAGCGAAGGCCUAUUGCAACUGUAAUUGAACUUUUACUACCUCUUCUAUUCGCUGUUUUACUCGUGAUUAUACGACAAGAGGUUGAUGUUACCAACUAUCCAAACAUAACAACUUGGAGGGAGUUCUCUGUAAACAAUCUGCCUGAGUUUCCGUAUUCAGUUGUGCCUGAAGAUGAACAUUUCAACAUAGCUUAUGUGCCAAACAACAUACAAGGAAUUCAUGAUGUCAUGGAUUCUGUUAAAACAAGACUAAACAAUGUGCCAAGGUCUAGAAUAGAAAAGAAAUGCAACAUUGACAUCAAUGAAAUAAAGACUUUAUUGGCAAAUCUUGAUCAAGAUACCCCAGAACAAAGCAAUGUAUCUAUGCCUGGAAUGGUCAAUUCCACUGGUAGUAACGUGCAAGGAAUGCCAGUCAUGAUGCUUAUUCGACUCAGUGCUGAUCAAAUGGUUGAUUCUCUGCCAUCUGGUAUGAAGCAAGUGUUGGAAGAUGUGGCAUUAGAAUCAAACACAACUGCCAGCAACCUUGUAUUUGAUGCCAUUAUAAGCGGCAAUGUUGAUGAAUUAAUGAAAAAGGUUUCAUCGAGAUACAUGACGCAAACUAUGGAAUGCCUGGUAAGUCAAUUACCACAAGAUCAACAGGAUAUGAUGGAUUUGUUUUCAAGCACCAGUAAUGUCACUGAAAAUUCUCGGACCAACUCAUCUAGCAACCUGACCUCUGCUUUCAAGUCACUCAUUUCAUUCUUUGGCGUUGUUCCUAAAAUAAACUUGAUCUCUUUUCCAACUGAAGAAGAUUUCUUGCUUUACGUAAAAAAUGACACAAACCUUAAAAAGACUCUUGCCGGCGUUAUCUUUACUGGCGAAUUCCCAGAUAAUACUUUUUCAAACAAUGUGAAAAUUACUUUUCGUUUUCACUGUGACCCCAUUAGUUCUUCAGUAAAAGACGGCGCAAAAUUUACUGGAAUCACUGAUACAUGGAAAACUGCGAAGUUAUUUCCUGGUUUUCAACUCCCUGGUCCCAGAUCUGUUAAUUCAUCCCGUGGUGGAAAACCUGGGUACUAUGAUGAAGGAUUCCUUGCACUGAUGCAUGGUGUGAACAUGGGUAUUGCAGACACUUUAACCAACACUUCUAUUCUUGACAACAUGGUUUUAAAAAGGUUUCCUUUCCCACCCUAUAUUAUGGAUACUUUUGUUAUUGCAAUCCAGCGUACGCUACCACUACUAGUAAUGUUAAGUUUCUUCUAUACCUCUCUGGUCAUCGUGCGUAGUGUUGUUCUUGAAAAGGAGUCAAAAAUGAAGGAAUACAUGAUGAUGAUGGGAUUAUCAAACUGGCUUCACUGGUUAGCUUGGUUUGUUAAAUAUUUGAUAUUUCUUUCAAUUUCCUGCUUUGGGAUGGCUGGUUUCUAUAAGAUUCAGACCAGCGCUGGAAGUGUUUUGACUUAUAGUGACAUCACAGUUGUGUUUGUUUUUCUAUUCGCUUUUUCUGCAGCAACAAUAACACUUUGUUUCUUAAUAUCUGUGUUUUUCUCUAAAGCUAACGUAGCAGCAGCUGCAGGAGGAACAUUAUACGGCCUCACAUACAUGCCAUACCUAUUCAUGGAAAACAGCUACAGCAUGUUAAGUCACCCGGUCAAGCUUAUAUCUUGUCUACUAUCCAAUGUAGCAAUGGCAAAUGGUUGUCAACUCUUUGGAAUGUUUGAAGGCAAAGGCACAGGAAUACAUUGGUAUAACAUCAACCAAGGUGUUACAGUUGAUGACAACUUCACUUUACUUGAGGUUAUUCUCAUGCUACUAUUAGAUGCAGUGUUAUACAUGGUACUUGCGGUUUACAUUGAGGGUGUGUGGCCUGGUGAAUAUGGAAUCCCAAAACCUUGGUAUUUUCCAUUCAUGAAAUCUUACUGGUUUGGAGUUACAACUACCGGUAAAUACAACCCAGUUGGCACAGAAGUUGGAGAAGAAAAUGAAAUAUUUGCCGAUAAUUCAAUAAAUGGAAACGAUAAGGAAUAUUUUGAAGAUGAACCAAAUAACUUGAGAAAAGUUGUCGAAAUUAAAGGGUUACGAAAAGUGUUUAAAGGCAACAAAGAAAAAGUUGCAGUUGACAAUCUUAACAUAAACAUGUAUGAAGGUCAGAUAACUGUCUUGCUUGGACAUAACGGAGCUGGCAAAACAACAACCAUGUCUAUGCUUACUGGAUUCUUCCCCCCCACAAGUGGUGAUGCAAAGAUAAUGGGUCACAGUAUAUUGGAUGAUAUGAAGGGAGUUAGAGAAUCACUUGGUCUUUGUCCUCAGUUUAACAUUCUCUUUGAUUUGUUGACAGUAGAUGAACACCUGUAUUUCUUUGCAAGGUUGAAAGGAAUCGCAAAAUCUGAAGUGAAAAAGGAAUGCGAUGAUAUGAGAAAUAUAUUAAAACUCAACGAUAAAGCUUCUGCCCAGUCAUGUACAUUGUCAGGGGGAAUGAAAAGAAAACUUUCUGUUGGAAUUGCUCUUUCUGCUGGAUCUAAAUAUGUCAUAUUGGAUGAACCAACAUCCGGAAUGGAUCCUGCUGCUCGAAGAGCGAUCUGGGAGGUCCUCCAGUUGUCCCGACACAAAUGUUCGAUUCUUCUUUCAACUCAUUUUAUGGACGAAGCUGAUUUACUUGGAGACAGGAUCGCUAUUAUGGCAGAAGGAAAGCUACGUUGUACAGGUUCAUCGGUUUUCUUGAAAAAUAAGUUUGGUGUUGGAUACCAUGUUGUGCUUACCAAGACUCCAAGCUGUGAUGUUGCUAAGGUUGAUGAAAUAUUUCGAUCCCAUGUUAAAGAGUCGAAGUUGGAACGAACGGCUGGAGGAGAAAUUUCUUUUGUUCUUCCUUUUGAUUCUUCUUCAUCCUUUCCUAAGCUCUUCCAGACUCUUGAACAGGAUGCGGGAGCGCUUGGCGUCACCAAUUUCGGAGCAACUGUUACAACUAUGGAAGAAGUAUUUCUUCGGGUCACUGAGGAUGCAAACACUGCAGUACAAAGUGUUAGCAGAAGAUUAUCUUUCUCUAAAUCGGAAGUUGUACAUGGGUCACCUAAGUUGGGUAGUGCGCCUACCAAUGUUGUUCCAUCGAAACAAUACUUGCAUUCUUCACUCAAAUACAACGAUGGUGUUGCUCUAUGGUUCCAACAGUUUUAUGCCUUACUCAUUAAACGACUGUUGCAUUCAAAAAGAAAUUACAAGGUUGCUGUUGCCCAGAUAUUGGUUCCAGUUUUCUUUGCAAUAAUUUCAAUCAUGAACGCAAAGUUUCCACCUUUUGAACAAAAGAACGUCCCACUUGAUCUCUCUGUUGAUCAGUAUGGUCCCAACAAUGUGUGGUACAACUUUACCCCAAAUUCCCCUCUAUCUGCUGACUUGAGCCAGUCCUACAAAUCUGCUUUUAAAGGUUUGGAAUCAGCAUAUGAGGUUAAUGAAGACAUUGAGUUAUUUCUUGCCAACAAAUAUUUAAAGGAGGGUGGAGACUUUAACACGGAGAACCUGAUUGCUGGGAGUUUUCUUACAAAUACAGCCACAAAUACAUCAAAAAGUAUAGCUUGGUUCAAUAACCAAGCAUACCACACACCAGCUUCUACAUUGCUGUAUAUGGACCAGGCUUAUAUAAGAAUGGUUGGUGAUGGCGUGUAUAAGAAUUUUACAAUGGAAAUAUGGAACUCUCCACUACCACGCAAUUCAACUAAUAGAGUGCAGGAACAACUGCUAGGGUCAUUAUCUGGCUUCCUGAUUGCUUUUAACAUCGUUCUUGGAUUUUCUUUUCUCGCUGCAUCGUUUUGCAUCUUCCUUGUAAGAGAGAGAGUCGACCGAUCUUCUCUCCUCCAAGCUCUUGCCGGAGUUGAUCCCGUUUGCUUCUGGAUGUCAACGUUCACAUGGGAUUUCAUCAACUUUAUCACUCCGUGCUUGCUCACUAUGAUAAUGUUUGCUGCCUUCAGUGUGACCGAAUUCACCAACCAUGCUGGCAUUGCAAUACUUCUAUUCAUACUUUACUGUUGGGCUUCCCUACCCCUGAUGUACGUACUGUCCAUGUUCUUUCAAGUUCCCUCCACAGCUCUUGUCCGAAUCACUAUACUUAACAUCAUCACGGGACUGGCAUCUAUUAUCACUGUCAAUGUGCUACGAUUACUUUCACUAAAUAAAGAAGCGAAUAUUCUUGACUGGGUGUUUCUACUCAUGCCACAAUAUUGCUUGGGUCAGGGUUUGGCAGAUUUGUAUGCAAAUGAUCAAAUGGUUAAUAUUUGCACUUCGGAUCCAUUCCUUGAAAUCUACUGCAGAGAGAUGGGAUUUGACUUUCAAACCAACUUCCUUGCAUGGAACCAAUAUGGAGUUGGAAGAUUUGCGACUUUCCUUGGAUCUCAGGGUGUUGUCUUCUUUAUUAUUCUCUUCAUGGUAGAGUUUGAUGUUGUUCAACGUGCAUGGAACUCAUUUAAGAUUAGACACAACAGCACGCAGAAACCAAUGAUGGCUGCGUUAUCAGCUUUGCUUGAGGAUGAUGAUGUAGCAGAGGAGAGGGAUCGGAUCAACAACACUGAUCUUCCAAAUCUAGUCGUCACUGAUCGACUUAUCAUAAAAAAUCUUCGAAAAGUUUAUAAAAGUGGUUCCACGUCUCAUGUAGCGGUUGACCAGUUAUGUGUUGGAAUACCAGAGGCUGAAUGCUUUGGUUUAUUAGGGAUAAACGGAGCCGGCAAAACAACAACUUUUAAAAUGAUAACCGGAGAUUAUCGACCCACAAGUGGAAGUGCUUUCCUUGAUGGAUAUGAUGUUAGGACUCAACUAAGAAUGGCUCAACAAAGAAUGGGAUAUUGCCCACAAUUUGAUGCUCUCAUUGAGCAAAUGACGGGCGCUGAAACCCUUCGUAUGUUUGCCCGUUUACGUGGUGUGCCUGAAUCUGAUAUACCGGCGUGUAUCAAUAACUUGGGUAGGAUCCUUCACUUCAGCGAACACAUUGACAAACCUUGUGAAACAUACAGUGGUGGGAACAAACGAAAGUUGAGCACAGCGAUUGCUCUCGUUGGUAAUCCUCCUGUUGUCCUCCUGGAUGAGCCGAGCACAGGGAUGGAUCCUGGAGCAAAGAGGAUGUUGUGGGAUGCUAUUGCUGCAGUGAGGAGCAGUGGGUGCUCUAUUGUUAUCACAUCUCACAGUAUGGAAGAAUGUGAAGCACUUUGUACAAGACUAGCAAUCAUGGUGAACGGAAAACUACGAUGUCUUGGUGGACCUCAACACCUUAAGAGCAAGUUUGGUGAAGGUUAUACAAUUGAAAUGAAAGUGAAAUCAAACCCUGGACUUUCUAAAGUAUACAUGGAAGACAAUUUCCCAGGCAGUACAUUAAAAGAUGAACAUCAGGGCCUUCUCACAUAUCAUGUCCCUCAAUAUAAAGUUGAUGGUUCAAAUCUCAACCUAUCUAUGGUGUUUGAACUGAUGGAACAAGGAAAAUCUGAGUCAAAAAUAAGCGAUUACACUGUAUCGCAAACCUCAUUAGAGCAAGUGUUCCUUAGUUUAGUUCGUUGGCAACGAGAAGCUACAGAAGUCGAUUUAUCCUCAAGUUCUGCCAAUGAAGCUACAGCAUAGUUUAAUUUCUGUGUUUUUAUUUGAAGACUACAAUUUUAUUUUAUUGAAGUAAUAAAAAGCAUGAUGCAAUUUUGUUGUGUGCAAUCAGAAGUACUACUGUGAAUUCUACACACUUUUUGUUCCUUUAGUAACGUUUUCUGACACUUUACACUUAGAUGACGGUAUUUGUAUUGUUGUGUGAUGGAUUAUUGUCAUUGUUAUAAAAUUGUCGCCUGUGCAGUAAGUCACAGAUUGAACUAUUUUGUGUUGUAUGUAUUAAAUAUAUAUACUGUACUUAAGUGUUAUAUGAAUAUUGAAAUCAUAUUGUAGUGUUUUUUCACAAGAUUCCAUAUAAUUCUUCGUUUAGAUUUUACCGGUUUUACGAGCUGUUAAAUAAAUGCGUGACACAAUUACUAAUUUGUUUCCACAUU